AUGGCCAGCCGGCUCAAGGAGCUGGAGAACGCGCGCAAGGACGAGGAGCGCCAGAAGAAGCUGGCGGAGCGCAAGCGCGCGCAGGAGCUGCGUGAGGCGAAGAAGAAGCUCGCCCGGGAGCUGCAGGGAGCGCAGCGGAUGCUGACCCGAAGUGAGCAGGAAGUGAACAAGCUUACUGGACAGCUGAACCGGACCGAGCAGCAGGCGCAGCAAGCCACGGUAAAGAAGAACCGCGAGGGCGAGAAAGCGGAGGAAGGCAUUGGGCGCAUCAGGCAGAAGUACGGGAAAGUGGACAACACCUUGCGCGAGAAGAUGGCCAAUGUUGGACAAGCUCGCGGCCGCUUGGCCCAUGUCCAGUUCGCCAUGGCCAUGUUGGAGCGUGGAGUCAUUGUUGCUGUUGGCGAGGAUGGAGGCCCUGUGCAGUCCCCAGACAACACCAUGCUCAGCCCGCAACAGCAACGCCGCAUUCGUGUGGCGAGGCGCUCGCCCGAGGAGGGUGGCCCUGAGACGGACGAGACUGAAGAGGGCGAGGAGCAGGAGAUCGAGGAAGAAUAUGACGAAGGAAGUGCAGCUUUGCGUGAAGAGCUUGAGCAGUUGAAAGAAGAGAACCUAAAGCUUCGAGAGCACUUGGCUGAUGCGGACAAGCGAUGCACAACUGCUGUCCAACUCCUGCAGCAAGCGCAAGAAGUUCUGGAGACCAGGAUGGACGACAUGUCGACGGUGGACUUCAAGAUGCAUGUGGAGAAGGAGAUGGAAGCCCCGGUGGAUUUGGAGAAUGCGUCCACCAUGCAAGGCAGUCAAGAUGGCAGCACACAGCACUCGCCCAUUGCACAGCCAGCUCUGUUCGAGACAGCACCCUUGCCAGCACCUGCGCCAGUGCCUGCGCCUGCACCUUGUACUCUGCCCAGCCUCUUGCGACAGCCGAUGCCAGACGUCAAGCGCGUCCCUGUCUAUGCCGGCACCUUCUCUCCUCCUAAUCGCAUGGUGAGCUGCCCUAUGAACGUCCGCUAUCAACCAGCACAACUUCCUCGUCAGGAUUUGACCAUGCCGCUGGGAGCAACUCUUCUUGGAUCUCAGAGCACUUCGACUCUCCAUCCUCGUGGCGUUGCCAGCAUGACGAUUCCUUCAGCACAGGGCGCCCGGAUGUUCCCAGCUGAGCCCGUUGCGAUUCCUCAAGCCUUCAAACCAGUGGCUGAACCGAUCUCUGCACCGAUGAGGCAAGGUUCAUGCUUGUUCGUCUAUGGGUAG